GUGACAUGGUUACAAUGGGGCGAGAGCAGACUCAUUCCAACCAUCGAAUCGCCGACAAUCGCAUGGGAGCAAGCAGUGGUCGUUGGCCACCCCGUCAAUCCGAUAGGCCGUUCGAUAUUGGCGCACCACGGUGCCGAGUACUUGGAACCUUCGGAAGCAACAAGCCUCCUUCACCCGGGCAUCUCACUGAUAGCCAUCGAUCGCUCCAAGACUAAAAUCACUGGACCUCUAUGCUCUAUCCUCAACAAGCUAUUGUGUGAACUACAGCUGCCUCCGACUCAACAAAACGAGCUCACCAUUCCGUGCCUCAGCAGACAGCUACCUGCCAUUCAAGGCUUCUUCCCGACAGCCCGCGUGCUUCGAAGCGACGCAUUCUUCGCGUCAGCACAAACCUCACUUCGCACAGUCCAGAUGCCGGAUCAUUUCGGUUUGGACUACCACAUCAAAUUUGCCCUUUCCUACACCAUUGGAUCCAAUCUGCGGACUAUCACCCCUCAUACGGUGGGGAUGAGCCAGGAACUAUCGAAUGUCAUUGCAGACGCUGUAGCAGACGACACAUGGAUCUGUCAAGAGGUCGCCGGAGUGACAGGAUCACAGAAGGAUGCCAAGGCUGCGCGUCAUUUGUCCUGUAUGCUCCGCCAGAAUCUCGAGCCACGCGCAAAAGCUCUCGGUCAAACUCUCAUUGUCGUAUCCGCAUUACGUCAGGUCCCAGCUCACCAGUCCGAAUGUAUCGCAGCCCUGGUGUUCGAUCUGAAAACGCCAGACUCGAAGCUCGCCUGGUUCAAACAAUUCUCUUCCAAACUCCUCCAUGCAGUCCUCAUUCCAGCCUUGCGAUCCGGCAUUGGCCUUGAAGCUCACGGUCAAAACAGCCUCAUUCGUGUUGACAUCGCAACCCGCGCCAUCGUUGGAUUUUGCUUUCGCGACUUCGGCAGCUGCAAAAUUCACAUGCCUACGUUGAACCGCCGUGGUCACUAUCUGGACACCAUGAAGCCUGGGUGCUGGAUACCUGCUGACAGAGAAGAAGAAGCUUGGGACCAGCUGCAGCAUACCGUGUUCAAUGAGCAGCUGCAGUCAAUGAUCGGCCAACUUAAGCUAGAUCCAACCACCGCAUGGACGUUAGUACGGGAUCAGCUCGACGACUUCUUCGCAUCAAAUAUGGAAUUCGAGGCAGCUUCUCGAAUGCAUGCCUACUUUACGCGUCCGAUGGUGUCGUAUAAGGCUCUCCUGCGCCUGGGAUUCAACCUCAAUGCUACUGAGGAUAUUUUUGUAGAAGUGCCAAAUGCUCUACACUUCGAGGUGGUAAACUGUACUGGACUAGAUGCUGCGAGGAAAAUCCAGUUAGAGUGA